AUGUCGUCGCCCGCUCAGUGCGAACGGGACGAAUGCAAUACCCCGGAUGAGGGCAAGAAGCGCGAUUGCUGUGAUGAAGAGUGUCUCGAUGUCUUAGCGAGAAGGAGUUGUGUUGAAGAUGGGUGCGAUACGCUCGGCGGGGACGAGGCGUUUCCAUCUAAAGAUAAUACGGACAAGCAGGGCUCGGACAGUUGCUGUGGCGGGGAGACUCAUGAGAAAAUCAGCGUUGAGGGCUCUGGUUGUAAGGCGAGAACAGUAUCCAGUGUUUAUUCAGCCUCGAUCAGUACAGGCGACAAUUGUUGCGGCAAAGUGGCUAAAUCACCUGCCCACGGGUCAAUUGAGUCUAAAUGCAGAGACAAGACAAAAAAUCAAACCUCCAGCUCUUGCUGCGGAUCAUACGAAUCCAAUGUAGUGGAAAAAUCUGCCACCGCUUUGAGUCAGACGCACAUUGACGCUAGGUUGCAGCCAACAUGUUCCUCCUCGGGAGUUGAAGCGAGCAGGAAUGCUGCAUCAAGUGUGACAUGCCGUCGAUCAAAUGAAUCUGGAGAAAAGCCGAGCUGUACAACGCCAAAGCAGCCGAGACCAAAGAAGACCUCAGCAUGCAAGAAACACCUCAAUGAGACUCGUCAGAAAUUUGGCGAGACUUUGGAGGCUUUAGGAUGUAUCUGCAGAGCCCUUUUGGCGAGAAAUGUUGAAAGCUGCUGCACGAGCUCGUCACGCCCAUCUUCGCUACGGCCCAAAUUAGCAUCUUCUACAUCGUCUGUCACACCUGGUCGCUCGCCUGUCAGACGUGAUUCACGCGAGCAAGCGCGGCCUUCUGAUGCCGCAACGCGAGUCAAAGACAGUUGCUGCUCCGCUGGCAAAUGUAGCAGUACCAGUAAGGAUGGCAGCAACACUAGAAGAAGGAGUUCCAACGACCGACAAGUAUCGGCCGACAAUGGACCUGUCACAAAGUCUGAAGGAACUCGGGGCUGUUGCAGUUCUGUUGCUACCAAGCCCAUCAAGGUGCCUUUGAAGAAAUCAUGCUGCGAAACACAGUCCGACGAUAUUAUCUCCUGCUGUGCAGAAGAUGAGAAAAAAAGCGCUUUUAGCGAGUCUGUCGAUGAGUGUUGUGAUUCUGGAACUGGAAAAUGUGGCUCCAAACCCAUUGAGAAAGAUUCUUGUUGCGGAGACGAAAAGGAUAGCAAAAAUAGUCAUAACCUGGCAAUCGUCAAAUCCAAAGACAUCAACAUGGAUAUCGAAAAGUCAUUCCCACAAGUCACGGAACAUGUCGUUCUUUCAGUCGAGGGGAUGACUUGCGUUGGAUGCGAGAAAAAGUUGUUCAGAUCUCUUGAUCUGCUUCCUCAGAUUCACAACCUCAAGACCAGCUUGGUAAUGUCGCAAGCCGAAUUUGAACUCAACACAGCCAGCUCCACGGUUGAGGAAAUCAUCAGGAUCCUCGAAAGAAGUACGGAAUUUGUCUAUCAAAAGCUUUCUACUGCUGGCCAGUACCUGGAUCUUAUUCCCUCCGGGAAUGUUGAUCAGUUCAUUACUGGCAUCUCGGAGCAAUAUGGUGUCUUGGCCACUUCGAAGCUUAACAGCGGGAUCGUACGAGUGGAAUAUAAUCCUCGCGUUGUUGGCGCACGAGAUCUAAUGUCCAAUUGUGACGACACAGCAAUUCGUUUGGCACCUGUCCAGGCCAAUUCUGCAGUGGCAGCUGGGAAUCGACAUGUUCGACAUACUGGAUGGAUGACAUUAUUCUCAGCAAUAUUGACAAUUCCAGUCUUGAUUCUUGCUUGGGCACCACUUCCAGAGCAUGCCCUCGCUUACGGUAUCACUUCACUCAUCCUCGCAUCAGUCGUUCAGACGGUAGUUGCUGGACCAUUUUAUCCAAGUGCAAUCAAGUCUUUGAUCUUUACUCGAGUCAUCGAGAUGGAUCUGCUCAUCGUUCUGAGCACGACUACCGCUUACAUAUUUUCGAUUGUUUCGUUCGCCUAUGAAACUGCUGGAAACCCAUUACCGACAGGACAAUUCUUUGAAACAAGCACGCUGCUUGUUACUCUCAUUAUGCUAGGGCGAUACAUUAGUGCCCUGGCCCGACAACGUGCUGUCGAAUCAAUUUCAGUCCGAUCAUUGCAAGAGCACACGGCACUGCUCGUCAAAUCGGAUGGCUUCACGACUGAAAGUAUUGACGCUCGUUUACUUCAAUAUGGUGACAUAUUCAAAAUCAUACCAGAAUCACGCAUCACCACAGAUGGCAUCGUUAUAAACGGGCACAGCGAGGUUGAUGAGUCCAUGAUCACAGGCGAAUCCAAGCCCAUCGAAAAAUUGGGCGGAUCCCAAGUAGUUGCAGGCUCUGUUAAUAUUUCUGGAGCACUCACGAUUCAGCUCACUCGUCUUCCGGAUGAAAAUACGAUCAGCGAGAUUGCAGAUUUGGUUGACAAAGCUAAGUUUUCAAAGCCAAAAGUACAAGACAUGGCAGAUCGCAUCGCUUCUUACUUUGUGCCUGUGGUAAUUGUCCUGUCAAUCAUCACCUUUUCUAUCUGGAUGGCAGUCUCAAUUGCGAUUCGUGGAGAAAGAGCAUCAGUCGCAGCUGUCAACAGCAUAACCUAUGCCAUUGCUGUCUUGAUCGUGUCUUGUCCGUGUGCAAUUGGCUUAGCGAUUCCAAUGGUCGUUGUCAUCAGCGGUGGUGUAGGUGCAAAGCACGGUGUCAUCUUCAAGUCUUCUGAGAUGAUUGAAGUUGCAAGAAAAGUCGACCACGUUAUCUUCGACAAAACAGGCACUUUGACUGAAGGGAAGAUGAGCGUCAUAGAAGAAGACUACUUUGAUUUUUCGAAGGAGUUGGUGACUCGACUGGCGCUUGGAAUGACUGGGGAUAUUCAGCAUCCAGUUUCCGCGGCCGUUGCGAAGCAUCUGAUCGAUCAAGAUGUCAAACCAGAACUCUUAUAUGACUUGAAAACUCUUCCUGGAAAGGGGAUCGAAGGUACUUGGAACGGCGAGCUAAUUCGUGCUGGAAACUCCCGUUGGCUUUCCCUUCAGAGUCAUCCAGCGGUCCAGUCGCUUCUUUCUCAGAGCCUAUCAGCUUUCUGUAUCACUAUGAACGACCGCCUGAUCGGAAUAUACGGACUCCAGGAUCAACUCCGAUCCGACGCAUUGGAUGUAGUUACAGCACUCAAAGCUCGUAAUAUAUCUGUUCAUAUUGUGAGCGGCGACGAUCAGGGUGCCGUUCAGGCAAUCGCUUCGGAACUCGAUAUCCCUGCUAUGAACGUUCAAUCAAAAUCUACGCCAUCCCAAAAAGCAGAGUACAUCAAAAGUCUCUCUCCAGCAGUCACUCUCUUCGUAGGAGACGGUACAAACGACGCACCAGCUCUCGCAUCCGCAUCGGUCGGUGUGCACAUCUCAUCAGAUACUGCAACUUCCAUCGCAGAGUCCGCCGCCGAUAUAAUCCUCGUAAGACCAGUUUUGCACGGUGUGAUCAUCCUCCUCAAUCUGAGUAAAGCUAGUUAUCAACGGAUCAUGUUCAAUUUCGGAUGGGCAUUUGUCUACAAUCUCUUUGCGAUUUUACUUGCUGCAGGAGCGUUUGUUGGUGCGAGAAUUCCUCCUGCUUAUGCUGGAUUGGGUGAGAUUGUUAGUGUCUUGCCGGUCGUUGCUGCUGCUUGGGCUCUGAAAUGGGUGAAGCUAUGA